CACUCCAUUGUGUUGUCGAGUAGGAGGUGUUGCAUCUUCAAGAGUCUGUGCACUGCUCCUCCCUCGCUCCUCUCUUCCUCUCAGCUGUGUUGGGGCUUCUCUCAUUUUCUUUCAGGCCGGUCAUUCCUCCACUCUCUCCGGCUCCCUUCUUCCUUCCCUGUCAUCUUUCUCCCUCCCACUCUACAAUUUCAUCUACAAACCGGCUUUUCAAGGAAAUGGAAAAGAAAAUAGGCUACAAGUGUCGCAUAGGAGGAGUGGUGCUUCUCCUGCUGGGUAGCAUUGCUGCCCUCGUCACUGUUGCUGUCAUCCAGAACACUUGGACAUCUAACCAGUACAGUCAAGAGUAUGGCAUAGUGAUAGACUCUGGCUCAUCUCGAUCCACUGUUUUCCUGUACGAAUGGCCGGGAGAGAAGCAGAAUGACACAGGAGUGGUGACGGAAAAGACACACUGUCAAGUUAAAUCUAUUCCUAUCUCAGACAUGACGGGGGACAAGCAGAAAGAUGCGGCGGUGUGGGAGGCAUUCAAGAAUUGCACAGAUCAAAUCCUCAAAGAAGUUCCUGAAGAAAAGCAUAAAUCCACCUCUCUUUUUCUUGGAGCUACUGCUGGAAUGAGACUGCUACAGUUAAAAAAUGAAAGCAGGUCUGAAAAAGUCAUGAGAAAUCUCAGGAAUUACCUAAGCUCCCUGCCGUUCAAUUUCCAAAAUGCUUCCAUCAUUACUGGUGAGGAGGAGGGGCUGUAUGGGUGGAUCACGGUCAACUACUUGAUGGAUAACUUUCUGGAGAGAAACCUCUUGAACACCUAUAUUCGCCCAUAUGGGGCAAAGACAGUGGGAUCUAUGGACCUCGGUGGAGCAUCAACGCAGAUAGCGUUUGUGGUUCAGGAAGAAGGGCAAGGACCUGACUACAUGCAUGUCAAACUGUAUGGUUAUCCUUACAUCGUCUACACUCACAGCUUCCUCUGCUACGGGAAAAAUGAAGCAGAGAAGAAAUUUCUGGCCAAAGUAUUGGAGAGUCCAUCCCUUCAGGCCUAUAAAACAAACCCUUGCUACCCAAAAGGUUUCAAUGAAACCAUAAAGGUUUCUGCAGUUUACGACAGCGAAUGCACUCAGAAGCCCAGCAACUACAACCCAGAUCAAUCCAUCAUGAUUGUUGGAGCGGGUGACACAGAACAAUGUCAAAAGCUAGUGGAGUCCAUAUUUGAUUUCAGAACAUGUUCCUCGUCACAGUGUUCCUUUAAUGGCGUCGAGCAGCCUCCUGUGAUCGGAGAUUUUAUGGCAUAUGCUGGAUUUUUCUACAUUUCUAGAGCUUUGGGAAAAAACGGCACAUCUGAACUUGGUGAUUUUGAAGUGGCAGUGAGGGAGUUCUGCAGCGCCGACUGGGAAGAUCUAAUAGCCCAAAAAAAGGGGAUCGGUGAAAAACACCUGAAGACAUACUGUUUUGGAGCUCACUAUGUCCACACUCUGCUGGCGAAAGGAUACAAGUUUAACAACGACAAUUGGAAAAAUAUUAAUUUUCAGCGACAAGUUGGAAACACAAGCAUUGGCUGGAGUUUGGGGUACAUGAUGAGGAUGUCCAACAUGAUCCCCUCUGAAGUGAAAGUCAUCUUCCCGAUUGCAGACCCGGUCUUUGCAGGCCUCAUCUUCCUGUUCGCAGCACUCAUCAUCGUAGCGGUCGUCCUUGUUUCUAUCAUCGUCGUUCGCAUGUGUUUCUGAGAAGGUCAGGAACCUCCGGACACCACUGGAAUUCUGGGUUUUGCAGCCUCCUUCGGAUGCAUAAAGUACUAACCAACGUGUUCUCUUUUCCCCGUUUGAGGCAGCGAAGCAGAAUUCACACAGACACCUUGUUGUCAGAGGGACUGUUGGCACUAAGGCAGAACUGAGAGUAAAAUGAGGAAAGUGAACAGGAAAGUAAAAAGGUCAAAUCCUGGAAUGGGGGCAUUCAAAUUCUGCUUAUUUCUUCUAGAACCUUUGAAACCAACAGGAGUUUGAAAAAAAAAAGAUGACACAACUUGUUUUGUAACUCAGGGAAGCUGGCACAAAUGUAUCUGCUUUGUUUGAUGGAAUGGCUGUCUGAAUGGCACACAUGUGAAUUAAUGUCAUUUAUUGAUGUUUGCACUUACUUCAAUUCACAAAUGAUCUCAAACUGAGGUUCUACCUAUGCGUUUCUGUGCGUUUAUGCUCACAUAACAGUCAAGGCGGGAGCAUGAACAACUGAUCCAACAGUUUUACCAUAUUUUGCUGUGUGAGAAAUUGAGCCGAAUGCUUUUGGGUUCCGUUGUAUUGUUUUCAAAUGUGCCCAGGAGGUAUUAUUAUAUAUGGUGCAAGAUUAAAAGCAUGACCCAUAAAGUGAUAUUACCUUAAAAUAAGUAACACCUGAGACAAAAUGUAGACGCUGACAAAGUCAUUAAUAUUGUAAAAUUACUAAAUUAUCCUUAGUAGCAAAAUAUAUGUAGAACAUAAAACAAUUUACUGAAGGUGACAAAACAACGUUGAUUCUUUUUCAAUAGCAUUGUGUCCUCAUGUCAUCCACUGUAAAAAUUGAAAUGUUCUGUAACAGUUCUGCAACCUGUUGCAUUUAAAAAUAUUAGUUUUCAUAUAAAAUUCAUUUUGAGUUGAUGGUCUACUCAACUUAAACAUUUAAUUUUUAUAAAAUAAAAUGUAUCUAACGUUUCACUUGUUACAGUGCAUCAUUUCUAAUAAAAUUUUAAUGUUAUUUCAAUGACUGGUGUAAAGUAUAAUGAUCUAAUUAAUAAUGUUUUUGUUUGUUUGUAAAUGUUAACAUUUUUCCCUCCACUGGAAAACAAACUCAUGCAUGUUCAUGUGAUGCACUGCCAUGUUUUAAUAUUACAUUCUUAUCUUCCAUCUCUCUUCUCAAUAAAUAGUAAACAUAACCACUA